CAGCACAGUUCGAUCCUGAGAGUGGAGCAGCGGCCCACGAGCAGGUCCUUGGAGCCCUCGUGAGCAGGAUCUAGCUCCAGGGCAGAAGUGAGGCUGCUUGGAAGCCUGAGGUAAAGCCCCGAGCUCACUGCCCCAUCAUGUUCAGCUCCCUGCUGGCUGGAGGUCACGUGGUCAGCUUGACUCCCCGUGAGGAAUCCAGGAUGGCCCUGCACCCAACCUCCAGCCCUGGCCUCCCAGCCCUGUGUCCUUACUACACCACAGAAAGCUGGGGAACCCAGCCUCUGGUGGCCCCAACACUCCACAAAGGCAGCUCUGACAGGCUCCAGCAGGCCCAGCAGGCUGAGGCCAGAGCUCACUGCCUCCUUCAGUGCCCUGGGGAGCAGACCUCGGAGGCCUCGCAGGAUCUGGAAUCUUGCAUUGACUUCUCCCUGGAGGCCCUCAACCAGAUGAUCCUAGAGAUAGACCCCACCUUCCAGCUGCUUCCCUCUGGGACUGCCGGUCCCCAGGCUGAGUCUACCAACAGUAUCGCAUCAAGGAACAAGAAGGAAGAACCUGAAGCCUUAGAUAUAAAGUAUAUUGAAGUGACCUCCACCAGAUCAAGAUGCCUUGACGGUCCCCAACGCUGCUCCAGCCCGUGUGUCACCCCACCAUUUGGCUCUCCACGAGGUGGCAGCCUCUUCCUCUCCAGGGACAUCCCCCGAGAGACCCGCAGCAGCAACGAGAGCCUCAUCUUCUCUGGGAACCAGGGCAGGGGUCCCUCUCCCCUCACCCCUCCUUCCUUUAACAAUGCCAUCCCUUGCCGGGAAAGCAGAGCCUCUGGCUCUCCACUGGCAACUCCUCCAGGUUGGGAGAAAGGGCUCAGGGCCCCACAGAGGGGCAGCAGGGUCUCUAUGCUGUCAGCCAGCCCUGUAUCGGAUGUCAGCUAUGUGUUUGGAAGCAAUCAGUCCCUCCCCCACUCAAGCCUCGCCAGCUUUCCCUCAUCUUCUGGAUCCCUGGGAAGUCCAGCCAGCUCAUCCUCCAGCCUCCACAGCCUGGACCGAGGGUCCCAGUGUGUGAGACCUAAUGAUGCCCAGGCUCCUAGUAACCCCAUACUGGGCAAGGGCCAGCCCCAAGCAGUGCAGUCUACUCCAGUGGCUAAGGAGCAGGCCAGUAGCUGCCCUGCAUCUGUCACCAACUCCAUGGUGGACAUACCCAUAGUGCUCAUCAAUGGGAGCCCAGAACCACAGUCUCCCCCAGCCCAGCGGACACCAGGACUCCAGAACUCUGUCCAGUCUAGGGCUACACCUCCCAGCCACCUCUGUCAAGCCACUAAGAACCCCAGCAAGACUCUGCCAGAUGUUCCUCUCACUGCAUCUCCAGAAGGUCCUGCCAAGGACAUGCAGCCGACCAUGAAGUUCGUGAUGGACACGUCGAAGUAUUGGUUUAAGCCAAGCAUCACUCGAGAGCAAGCAAUCAGUCUGCUGAGGACGGAGAAGCCGGGGGCCUUUGUCAUCAGGGACAGUUCCUCCUACCGAGGCUCCUUUGGUCUUGCCCUGAAGGUACAGGAGACUCCGGCAUCUGCUCCAAACCGACCAGGUGAGGACGGCACUGACCUUAUCCGUCACUUCCUGAUUGAGUCUUCAGCCAAAGGAGUGCAUCUGAAAGGAGCAGAUGAGGAGCCCUACUUUGGGAGCCUCUCUUCCUUCGUGUGCCAGCACUCCAUCAUGGCCCUGGCCCUUCCCUGUAAACUCACCAUCCCACAGAAAGAACUGGGAGGUGCAGAGCCAGCGUCGGACUCCCCCACACACGGCCAGACCUCUUGCCUGAAGAUAUCAGCCGGUUGCCACACGCUGUACCUGAGCUCUGUGAGUGUGGAGACCCUGAGUGGAGCCCUGGCUGUGCAGAAGGCUAUCUCAGUCACGUUGGAGAGGGAUGUCCUCCCCACGCCCACUGUCGUCCACUUCAAAGUCACUGAACAGGGCAUCACUCUGACAGAUGUCCAAAGGAAGGUGUUCUUCCGACGGCACUACCCACUCGGCGCCCUCCGCUUCUGUGGACUGGACCCCGAGCAACGGAAGUGGCGGAAGUACUGCAAGCCUUCCAGGAUCUUUGGGUUUGUGGCCAAGAGCCAGACAGAACCACAAGAGAACGUGUGCCACCUCUUCGCAGAGUACGAUGCAGUCCAGCCGGCUUCCCAGGUCAUCGGCCUAGUGACUGCUCUGCUUCAGGACACAGAAAGGAUGUAGGAGAAGGGUGUUGUCUGUGUGCCUUCUCUGACAUCUCGAGGGACUUGCCCGGGGACAUGGAACUGUGGCCACAUUGACAAACCUAUCUCUUGGACUCAAGUUGGAUUGAUCAAGUUGAACCCUUUGAACCUGCUGUGACUUCAGCAAUAACCUUCACCUGGCUCUGAGUCUCUUCGAUUAUAAAGACACCCGUCCUUAAGACAGCUGCUCCUUGGACACUCGGCUGGGAGUCUUUAGUGUGCUCCAUCAUGCUACUGAAGCCCGCCCACACCCAAGAUUCCCUGUGUAAAAAACUGUCUGCAAGGACCCUCUCGCCUCAUUAGCCUGAGCACUCCCUACAUGACAGGUUGUGCCAGAGACCUAUGACCCCUGCCUUGUGGUAAACAGCAGGUGCUGGAUCA